AAAAGUAGAAUUCAGCCAUAGAAUGGAAGCAAACUAAAAGAGGGAGAGUCUAUCAGAUAAUUUGUAUAUAAAUAUAGCCUUAACCUCUCUUGAAUGGAACCAAGUCUCUCCUUCCCUACCCAUUUGAAGCUCUUCUUCAUUCCUUUCUCUAAGUUCUUCUCUUUCCUUUUCAAACCCUUUGAGGGUGCUGAGCUACACCAACAUUGCCAUAGGUUGUUUCAUUUUUGGUUGGGGACAUUGCUAUAUUGGUUGUGUGAUACUGAUACUCACUCAUAAUGCCAAGGGAAAGAGAAAGGGAUCCUUUAGUAGUUGGUCGUGUAAUAGGGGAUGUGCUUGACCCUUUUAACAGAAGAUUAUCUUUAAGGGUCACCUAUGGUUCUAGGGAAGUUAGCAAUGGAUGUGAAUUUAAGCCUUCUGCAGUGGUUAACCAACCUAGGGUUGAGAUUGGGGGAAAUGAUCUAAGGACCUUUUAUACACUGAUCAUGGUUGACCCUGAUGCACCCAGCCCAAGUCACCCAACCUUAAGGGAAUAUUUGCAUUGGUUGGUAGUAGAUAUUCCUGCAACUACAGGGGCAUCUUUUGGGCAAGAAAUAAUGUGCUAUGAGAAACCACAGCCAACAGUUGGAAUUCAUAGAUAUGUUUUGAUGUUAUUCCAGCAACUUGGUAGGCAGACUGUAUAUGCUCCUGCUUGGCGUCAAAAUUUCAAUACUAGAGACUAUGCCGAGGUUUAUAAUCUCGGAUUGCCGGUCGCCGCCCUUUAUUUUAACUGUCAGAGAGAGAAUGGAUCCGGCGGACGAAGACAUGAAAUGAAUGUUCAUAGAUUCUGAGACUUGAACUGAAGAAAGAGAUGGAUUUCUAAUUUGAAGAUUUGAAAACUAAGAGAAAGAUGGAUGCCUUAGAUGUUACUCAUGUGUCUCAUUUCUUCAUCUUAUCUUUUUCCCUUGCUUGUAUCAUUUCACUAAAGCUAAUUAGCUACCAUUGGAAAACA